AUGAAAUCAUUGGGCGAACUCCUGACCCCGCAUCAUGGUAUCAAACUCUUCAUGCAGCAUUAUGAUGACGAUAGAAUAUCCCCAUUUGUGGAGGCUGUAUUGGAAUAUUGUAGGGGUGUUGAAGAAAAAGAUUUUAAUGACACAGGGAAGAUGAGUCUGGGUGAGGCGUGGCUCGAUGACAGGACAGCUUCGCUUGUUCCGGCAUUCGUGGGUCGAAUUGUGGAUAACACUUCAAGCAACCCGACAACUUCGGACACGGCACAUGUGCGACACGUGAAUGUUGAUCUCCCUUUUGGUAGCAUCGAAUGCGAUCUCGCAGAUGUCCACGAAAGACAUCCCUACAUCUCAACACAGAGCACUAUGUGUGAAGCCAGAGAAUACGAGGAGCGUUUGACAGCAAGAGAUUUACGGCGUCAUCUUCGUGAAAGACGCUUUGACCAUGAGCAAAUGAAGGACGCAGACCGGCGACUUGUACACAUCACAAAUCCAUCUCCAUGCCACAUGCUCACCUUGACUGAAACGGCAACCGAGCACCAAGCUCCAGCAAUCCGGGACCUGCUAGGACAAUUCGUCACAUUCCAGACGUCCAUGGAAGUCAGAAUUUCUUCCGAAGGAUACUGUGUCUACCAGCUCAGAAACCACUUUCCCUACUUCGCAUUUCAAGAAACGAAACCAGAGGUCUCGCACAAGCCUGGGGGUGAGAAAUCGAACCGAAACACAUGGACGGACCUUUCUUUCCUUGACCCAAGGGACGAACCGAACACGUGUGGUAUGUACCAAGCGCAGUCAUCGUUUACUGUUUCCGGUUCCGAUAACACUCGUUGGAUCGCAUAUAACCUGGAGGAUACCAGUUUCAACCCAGACCGUGAGAUCGGCGACGAUGAACGCGAUGAGUACCAACGCAGGGAUCAGAUUUCCAUGGGUAAAUUCGAUGCGAACCUGCCUUUCACUGACGCUCGGGAGUACUACCUGGCCAUCAGUUUGAUCAAAGCAAAGCACGCUCGGAAUGAGAUCCAGAGGGUGGUUGGACGAGUGGAGGCUUCGUUCAGGAACCACAUAACGUGCUGCCCGUUCUCUACUGCAUCUCCAACCGAACAGUCUGCCAUAAUGAAGUGGAACGAGCCCAUGCUAGAGCUUCUGGCUAUGUUGAUUCAAGAUCUUGGGGAGAAGGUCGACUGCUGGGAUAGCUUCAAGGAAAGUGACAUCGAUUACUUCGCGGACCCAAAUGCGACGCUACCAUCCCAGGUCAUCGAACAUAUCGAGCGCUUGAAGAUCGAGUUAGACGAUGUGUAUAGGGAGUUGAGGACCUUUGGAAAGAAACUAUCCUAUUUUCGAAAUUCAUGCAAAGAGCUUGCUUGCCAACUGCAGUACCGCCUUGACUUACAAGGCGGAAACAACAGCAAUUUCACCAUUCUUAUCAUAUCUCCUGUAGUCGUUGUCUCUAGUGUCUUUGCUAUCGACACCCCUGUACUCCCUUUUGAACGGGAUGUCCUCUCUUUCUUUUUGUCCGUCUUCGCUGUUGGUUCGCUGUUGUGGUUACUAUUACGCUUGAAAGGAGGCUGGCUUGCUCAACAAGGUUGGUGGGACAGGCUGUUGCGAAGAAGUCGAACGGUGAGACGACGUAGAGACAGUAGUAUAGUCACCGUUCAUGAAGGUGAAUUGAGCGUGCUGCGACGAAGAAACACGCAUGCGGACUUUGCGAGGAAUCGCGGGUAG